AUGGUUGAUAUCGACAAACAAUUUGUGACCAAAUGGCCGUUUGGUAUUGUGAUGACCGCUCAGUGGUUAGGUUGCUUAAUAUUGCUGAUUAAUUUAUAUUGCUUGCCGUAUUACUACAAUGGAAUAUCGUUCGUAUUUUUUUGUGCUUGGACAAUAUUUCUUGUCGGUUUACUCACGUGGAUUGUUCAUCUGCUUGGUUUUCAACGACGAAUGUUGAAUAUCGGGCAGAUGACUGCAUUUAUACCAUUUGCACUUCUGCUUUUCGUCUAUUCCUUGCUUUUUUUCUUCUUUUUCUGUAUAUCAACGUUGAUCUGCUUGAUUAGCAUGUUUUCCUCGAUUGGUUUUCCUAUCAGCCUUUUCUUGUCCUACUUUUUCGCCACGUUAUUUUGUCUGUUUUGUGCAGCAGUGUGUGGUUACUUGGCAAUCCUCCUAUAUCGUGCUACUCCGAAUGGAUUGCUUUUAAAUUUGAGAACGGUGAUAAUCGAGGGUGACAAGACGAGUACAAUUAGUACCACAACGACCACAAUGUCUCCGGGAGUCUAUCCUCAGGGUACAAAUCUUGUAUAA